AUGGCUGAAGCUUUUCUCACUGUGUUGUUUGACAAGCUAUUUGAAAGUUUAGACUCUCCAGAGUUUGCCAACUUCUUCCAGGAAAAAAAAUCAAUUUGUGAGCAACUGAGGGAGUUGAACCUUAAGCUAAAGGCAGCUAGUCUACUGGUAAAUGAUGCCGAAGAGAGGCAACUCAAGGAGCCGGGUGUGAAGGAAUGGUUGGAUGAUCUUAAUCAUGUAGUUUACAGAGCACAAGACAUGGUGGACCAUGUUGACUAUCAACUCCUAUCCAACAGCCUUGGACAUGAAUCUAAUAGUACUGAUACAACUACUGUGCUUAUGAAAAUGAAAUUCUUCUUCUCUUCUUUGACUGAAUUCGACAGAGCUAUUCAAGCGGAGAUAGCUAAAAUCUUGGUUGAUAUAAACCUUCUUUUACAGAAAAGAAUUCUCCUGGGUUUGAAAGAAGAUAUUCAAAGCACUAUCUCUUCACAAAGAUCAGUUGUUUCACUGAGAAAACAACACCGAGUUCAGGUACAUGGAAGAGAUGAUGAUAAAGAUAAGAUAAUGGAGUGGUUGACAAAAAACGAAACAUUAGGUAGUGAUAAGAUUGGUGUGCUUCCAAUAGUUGGCACAGGUGGACUUGGCAAGACUACUCUUGCUCAGCUCGUUUACAGUAAUACAAAACUAAAGAAACAUGGUUUCGAGCUUAAACUAUGGGCUACUUUAUCGGCUGAGUUUGAUAUUAAAAGAACAAUGAAGAUUAUUUUGCAGGCUGCUACCGAUUCCCAUAUCACUACUGAUGUUUCAGUUAAGGAACUUCGACGUAGACUAAAAGAAGCCUUGAGAGCCAAGAAAUUUCUCAUUGUUCUUGACAAUGUGUGGGAUGAAAAUGAAGACAACUGGGAUGCCCUGAAGCUCAUCUUCACAUCUGGUGCCCGUGAAAGCAGGAUUAUUGUGACCACACGCAGCCAGCAAGUGGCCAAAAUUGUAGGCACGGGGAAAAUUUAUGAACUAUCACAAGUAUCUCCUAGUCAUUGCUGGAAAAUAUUUAUGGAUCAUGCCUUCAAUGGAGAUUGGGAAGCAAAUAAACAUUUGGAAGAAAUUGGAAGAAGGAUUGUAGUUGAGAAAUGCAAGGGCCUCCCAUUAGCUGUGAUAUCUGUUGGUGGUCUUCUAAAAUUCGAAAACAAUCCAAUCAAAUGGGAGGAGAUCUUAAGGAGUCAUGUUUGGGAAUGGUGUGAAAGCCAGAACAAUAAUAUAGUUCCAUGGUUAUGGUUGAGUUAUCGUUAUCUUCCUUCAUAUUUGAAACAAUGUUUUGCUUACUGCUCUAUGUUUCCAAGGAAUCAUGAAUUUGAGAGGGAAAGAAUGAUCUUAUUAUGGAUGGCAGAAGGGUUUUUGGAAGAUAACCAAUUAGAGAAGACACCAGAAGAAAUUGGAGAAGAAUAUUUUGACAAUCUAGUUUCGAGGUCAUUGUUUCAAAGAUUGAGUAGAUAUGACUCCAAAUUUAUCCUGCAUGAUUUGGUUCAUGACUUAGCUAUGUUUGUCUCAGGAGAAUUCUGUAUGGCAGCAGAGGACAAUAAUAAUUUAAGGAAUCUUUCAAAUAAGACUCGCCAUUUAUCGCACACAACAACACCUGUUACUGACUGUGACUCGGUUAGGGAAGGACUAUCAAGAGCACAGAAUUUGCAUACUUGGAUAGAACUGAGUACAGCAUGUGAGAAUAAGAUAACUGUAGAAUUUUUUGUAGAAAGAAAAUUCUUAAGAGUACUAUCUCUGCAUAGUUUUUCUGUGUCAUUUGUGUUGCCAGAUUCAAUCAAUAAACUUAAACAUCUUAGGUAUCUAGACUUAUCUCAAAAUAUUAUAAUAGAGAUACCUUCUUCUAUCUGCAUGCUAUACAAUUUGCAGACACUGCUAUUGUCAUGUUGCAGAAACCUUAGAAGAUUGCCAAAGGACAUGGAAAGGCUAAUAAACUUGCGCCAUCUUGAUACUAUUGGCUCGCCACUAGACGAAAUGCCUCCACAAAUGGGAAAUUUGAAGAAGUUGCAUACAUUACCUGAAUUUGUUUUAGGUAAAGGACAUGACAAUGCUUCAACCAUUAAAGAGUUGGGAGAGCUUCAACAGUUAAGUGGAGAGCUUUAUAUUACAGGUAUGCAAAAUGUAGCUAAUGUAAAUGAUGCUCUUAAAGCUAAUUUGAGGUAUAAGGAGAAACUUACAGGUCUAACCUUUCAAUGGCUGGGUGAGACCACAAACACAAGACUAGAAACAGAGGUACUUGAGGCACUGCAACCUCACACAAACUUGAAGAAACUCAUAAUUUAUUCGUAUGCCGGUUUUAGUUUCCCUAAUUGGAUUGGAGAUUCAUCAUUUUCAAAUGUAGUGUCAAUUCAUCUGAGUCAUAAUAAACAUUGUUGGUCCUUGCCAUCAUUGGGGCAGUUACCUUCACUUCAAAAGCUUGAGAUCCAAAGCUAUCAUGGGGUGGAGACAAUAGGCGCUGAGUUUUAUUAUGGCAAUUAUCCGUCCAAUAAUAUUACUCCAUUCCAAUCACUAGAAACUUUGAUAUUACAUGACAUGUCAGGAUGGAAGGAGUGGUCCACUAUUGGGAGUGAUGAUAGAGAUGGUGGCAUGCUCAAACUUUUCCCUUCUCUGAAAGAGCUUAGUUUGAAUGGUUGCCCAAACCUGAGUGGGAGCUUUCCUGAUCUUGACACAUUAGAAAUUCUCCAUAUUUCAGGUAUAUAUGGUUGUUAUUUUCCAGAACCUCGAUCAUAUACAUGUCCCAACCAGUUGUUGUGCAAGAAACUGGAGUUCCCGAGGAGAAAUUGUUGUGUUUCUAUUACAGAGUUGAUAAUUCAGUUUGGCGACUCAGUUAAGUCAUUCCCUUUAGAUUACUUCCCAAGUCUGAAGAAGCUGAUCUUUUUCGAUUGUUCAAGCUUAGAAUCGCUUACCUUUUCAAAAGAAAAUGGCAUUUCAGAACUCCGUUCACUCAUGGUUUUGGAAUUCCACCAUUGUAGAAAUGUCAUGGCAUUGCCUCAACACAUGCAAAAGCUUCUUCCAUCUCUUGCUACAUUAAGAAUCUACCAAUGUCAAGAUAUUAAGCUAUUUCCUCAUGAAGGAUUUCCAUCUACUCUAAAAGAGCUUCAUCUCUGCAAUUGCAGCCAACUGGUGGCACAACACAAGCACUGGGGUCUGCAAGGACUAAACUUUCUCAAAAAACUAAGUAUUGAUGGAUAUGAUGGUGAAAUAGUGCUUGAUUCAUUUCCAGAGGGAUUGCUUCCCAUCUCUUUAACUGAACUGUCACUAAAUUAUAUUCCAACCUUACAAAAGCUAAAUGACAAUGCCUUUCAACCCCUAGCAUCUCUUCAUAAGUUGUCACUCCAAAGUUGCAAGAAUCUGCAAGUUCUGCCAGAGCAAGUGGUCUCGAGCACAUCUCUACGCUCUUUGUUCAUCAAUGGAUGUCCUAUCCUUGAAAAUAGGUACCGACCAAGAAGACUAACUAGCUUCCAUAUUGUAGUGCAUAUUACAGGACUGAAGAAGAUGAUAUAUGAGGACUGCUCAGAGAAGGGAAAGAGACCAUCUCAUUUCAUUCUACGCACAACAAACUCCUUACAAGAGUUAGAUGUAGUAAUAAUAGUAUAUGCUCAUUAG